GCACGAGCCACUCCAACUCAGCGACAACUUUUCCUCUUCCCUAUUCCCUCGUCGCUCGCUGCCUUUGAGUGCCUUCUUUCUUCGAGGACCGUGCCUGAUCAACCUUCCUGUGCUUAGGGGAACAUCACCAAACUUUAAGCAGUCGAACAGCGCAGCCCGAAGCGGGUUGCGCAUUCAGAUCAGGUCACCAUGUCCUCCGAAUACAAUUACGAUGACCAGGGUCAAUUUUUCCCUUUCUUUAUGCUGACCAUGGCCGGCUUGGUCACAGUACCUCUCACGUAUAACGUCCUGAAACCAUCCACAGAUCUCGAGCAGACCGCAUCCCGAGUAAAAUCAGAUUUCAAACCCCAAAAUGUGGAUCUCAUCGAAGCGCAGAGGAGAAGACGGAAGAGGCAGAAUCGCAAGACAAAACGAAUCAUAGCGGUGGUCUUGGGAUAUACGUUCAUGGCUUACAUGAUCUACCUGAUCAUUGUCACUCAGAGAACGGUACCGAAGAUGUGGGAUCCGUACGAUAUCUUGGGCGUGUCAAGGAGCGCGUCGGAGCGGGAGAUUGACAAAUUUUACAAGAGGCUAUCGCUCAAGUUUCACCCUGACAAGGCCAAACCCGAUUCCUCCAAAAAUGAGACCAUGGACGAUGUGAACAAUCGAUGGGUAGAAAUGACAAAGGCAUAUAAGGCAUUGACGGAUGAAGAAAUCAGAAACAACUAUCUCCAGUAUGGCAACCCCGAUGGGAAGCAGUCCACGAGUAUAGGAAUUGCGUUACCGAAGUGGAUGGUUGAGGAGGGCAACCGCUGGUUUGUGGUCGCCUUCUACGGCAUCCUUCUUGGAAUCAUCCUCCCGUACACGUUGGGGAAGUGGUGGUACGGAACACAGGCCCUCACAAAGGACAAAGUCCUCCAUGCCAGCGCUGGGAAUUUGUUCCGAGAGUGGAAAGAAGACAUAUCGGAGGGCGAUGUGGUGGCAGCCACCAGCGUCGGCGAAGAAUUCAAGGAAACGCUGAAAGGCCCGAGAAGUGAUGCGGGAGCUGCAAAGGUGGAAAGCAAGGUCCUCGACAGCUCUGCUCUCACCGAAGCAGAUAAAGAACGAUUGAAGGCCAUCGAAGACCCCGUGCGGCGGAAAACGUUAGCCCUGCUCUGGGCAUACCUGGCUCGGAUCGCCCUGGAAGACCAAGAACUUGAAAAGGAGAAAUUCGACGUUGCGCCAACCGCUCUCUUGUUGAACAAUUCCUUCGCUUCAAUGACUCUUCCAUUUGGCGUGGUGAAGCCCCUCCUUGCCUCCUACCACACUUCUCAGAACAUCAUCCAAGCCGUUCCACCAUCUGCAUCGGCAAUCCUUCAACUCCCCAACUUCACUCCCGCAAUCGCCGAAAAGAUCAUCAAAUCGUCAAAGUCACCAAUGACGUUCCAAAAGUUCAUGUCCCUCCCCCCUACGGCACGAAGACAAUUGUGCUCUGAUCUCACGGACCAACAAUACAACCAAGCCAUGGCGGUUGCCGCUCAAAUCCCCCACCUUGUCAUCGCCAAGGCGUUCUUCAAAGUCGUUGGCGAGCGUGUUGUCACGCCUGGCUCCUUGGUACAACUGGUGAUCAAAGCCCGCGUCAUUCCUCCCGGUACACCAGAAAAGGAAAUCCCGCCAAUCAACCCACUGGAUCUCGAGGAUAUUGAUCCGGACGAGGGAGAUCUGGAUGCCUUGCACGGUCGAAAGCCGGCGAAGUCGAGGAGAAGGAAACUUCCAGACGGCUCCUAUGUUGAAGACGACGCGAAAGAAGGGAGUGUACAACCGCCUUUGGCACAUGCGCCCUAUUUUGCAGCGGAUCACGCCCCCAGAUGGCAUGUCUUCCUCGCAGAAGCCCGUACCGGCCGCAUCUCUGUGCCACCAUUCACAUUUACCAGUUUCGACCGACCCAUCUUCCACCCCGACACCGGGAAACCCACUUUUAAUGUCGUCACACUGAAAUGUUCCUUCCAGGCGCCACCGCAGGUCCACGCCUUCCCGUUCAUCAUGCACCUAGUGUGUGAUAGUUAUAUAGGUUUGGACGACAAGGUAGAGGUCGUGCUGGACGUCAGAGACCCCAAGGAGGCCGAGGUGGUGGAGAGUGACGACGACAUUAGCGAACCCGAGGAAGAUUCCCUCGCGGGCCAACUCCAGGCCAUGAAAUCCGGCGGCCUGACCGGCUCUCCCGUGACGUCGAAGAAGAAAAAGAAGAGGGCCUUGCCCGCCGACCCGAAGGCGGUCCCUGUGGCCCAGACCCAGGGCAGUACCGUUCCGGAAGCAAGCGAUGACGACGAGGACGACAGCGACACCGAGGGCGAGGAUGACAGUGACACCUCCGACACCGACACCGAGACAGAAGACGAGGAUUCAUGAAAAGAGCACAAAAUGGAAGGGGUCCUUCCGUGAAGGUUCUAUAUUGCGUUGCAUUGCACUGCCUUGCAUUGAUUAAAACUUGUCCUACCUCCUUCGGAUUUUUGAGGGGUCCAGGUACUCGGGGCGACUUGCUGCUUGCCUGUUCGCUUGCUUGCUUAUCUUGUCAUUUCCGUGUUGAAAAGAGGCUCGAGGCAUGAAGGGCGCAUGGCGUAUGGUCAUCUCCGGCUACGUCUGAUACGAAUGAAUCCAUGGAUACGACCAGGGGGGAUGAACUACAAUGGGAGUGUUUCCAUGUCUGGGUCUGCGGUCUAAGUAGGUAUUGGAGCAAACUGGCGUGCAGGCAGACUGGGAGCCGUGUACGUAGCUAGCAAGGAACGAAUCCGAAUCAUGUUGAAAUGGGCGAGAGACAUUGAAGCUCGGAACUCCUCGUGUUGUAUUAUGCUAAAGCCGAAAUCCUUUCUGGUGUGCAAACAGCUGCCAUGUGUCCCCAUGGUCGAUGCUUUUUGGUAUGACUUUGACUUUGGCUUGGAGAGAAAUGAAAUGCCAUGUAGCUCAUGUCUAUGGGUCCAGCUCCUUCCGAC